AUGGAUGCGCAGAAAUUCAAUGCACAGUGUAAGGUACGACAGUGUUAUCAGUGUCAAGGAGAUAUUGAAUUCUAUUGUAACACGUGUAAUCAUGGUUUAUGUCUAUUUUGUAAAGAGAGACAUGUUAGUAAUUUAGAUACAAUAACUCAUGAUGUUGUAAUUUAUCGUGAGAAAUAUGAAAACAUCACAAAACAAGAAAACUGUGUGAGACAUUCAGGCAGUGUUCUUGAAAACUUCUGUCGCAAGUGUAAACUUCCUGCGUGUUUCAAAUGUACAGAACACAGAAAUCACCGAAAACUGGACAUUAGAACAGCAUACAAAACAAACCGUCAAAAAGAAAUCAUUCAAGCCAUCAGAAAUGAAUCUUUCUUUCACAGCUGUUUUUUGGCGGCAAUCAAAACCAAUAUAAAAACUUGUAACAAGGACAUUUCCAACUUUCAAUCAAUGAUAUCAAGAAAAGGCCAGAAACUUAAAGAGGAACUCUCUAAAAGCGGUAGAGUUAAUAUGGUGCAUAAAUUAAAACAACAGAGGAGAAAUAUGACCAGACACCUUAUCAUCAUAGAACAAUUUGAACACAGGUUAGAACAGUCGGCAUUUAGAGCGGUCACAUUUCUUUUACUUCGAAACAAAAAGCACGUCCCGACGAUAAAAAAUGCUCCUAAACUUACAUACUACGCCCCUCUGCUCACCAUGAAUGAGAAAGUCAAUAAAGAGGAUUUGACUAACGUUCUAAAUGACUUUAAUGUCAUAAAAAAGAAACAGAUACAAGAAGGGAAACUGUCGCCUACACCAAUGCUAUGCUCAUUUGUAAAAGUGAAAGGUGUUGAUUUCGUAAUACACAUUUCCUCUGUGUCAUCAAACCGGAUCUGGGUCAGCGAUUAUAACAAUCUAGUUUUGACUAACACAGCAGGUGAAAAACUAAAUCAUCUAAGAGGUAUAUGUGCGGGAUUUGGAGUACACACAGUGAACAUUAACGGUGAUCUUAUUUACAUAGACGAGUAUCAUAAUAUUAGAAAACUAUCUGAAGAUAACAGGAAAAUAUCUACAUUGAUAAAAGAAACAAAACCAUGGAUGCCACUCUGUGUCUACUGCUCCCCCUCCAAUGGAGAUCUACUGGUCGGGAUGCAAAAUAGUGAUACAAAAAAAGGCAAGGUAACAAGGUAUAACGACACGGGAGAACUCAUACAGACAAUACAACAAAAGAUUAGAGGAAAGGAAUUGUAUAAUGAACCUCGAUACAUCACAGAGAACCAAAAUGGAGAUAUCAUUGUGUCUGACUGGUAUAAUGAUGUAGUGGUGACGGAGUGCGGGGGAAGAUAUCGCUUCUCCUACUCAGGGUAUCAACAAGGACUAUUCCCUUUUGCAAUCUGUACUGACCCGUUGUCAAACAUCCUGGUGUGUGAUCUUAAUAGCAACAAAGUACAGAUGAUUGACAAGGAUGGCAAUUUCCUGUCACAGAUACUGACAAAUCAUCAACUACAAGACAAGCCAAGGGCCCUGAGUUAUGACAGCAAAAAUACCUUUCUUUGGGUUGGAUUUCUUAAAAAGAGAGUGUCCGUAUACAGAUACAUAGAGAGGCGUGAUUGUCUGACAGGUAAUUAA